GUGUUGUAUUACCAGGCUGGAAAACGACGCUUCACGAAGAGUCGAUCGAUUGUAAACCCCAAGCAGGCCUCGUGUCCGUGCAGUCUGCCUUCAGCGCUCAGCUGCUAGUAGAACGGCCGCCAUGGAAGAUACAUGAACAGCUCGCUACGAUCUGCCGGGAAAUGAGGCCGUGCACGUGGGAUCACAGCGGUCAGUUCUCGCCCACUGACACCAUAUGGCUCCUGUUUACCCCUCUCCAUACUGGGACCUUGGGAGGAGUCUGGAACAGCCUCAAGGUCAAAGAUCUCGGCAGGAAGGUCGUGUAUUAGCACAGAAAACAUGAUGGGAUUUAACACAAAGCUCGGACCAGCCACUAUUGCAGUAACCGUGCCCGCAUCUUUAGAGACUUGAUAGCCUUUACGAUAUGAUGGAUUCCACGAACCGAAACAGUGGUCACGAAGAUGAAUGGAGCACUGCCUUGAAACUGACCGCUCGAGAUGAUGGGAAAAAGAAAGGCAAACAGUCUAUACCGGACCUACCUGAGUUCAACCAAUCGAAGGCGUUGGCUGACGAUGACGUCAGGUGUGGUUUCGGAAGCUACCGUCCUGAUUGGCUGCAAGUCUUCAAUAACCCAAAGUGCCUGCUUUUCUUCUUGUGUGCUUACUGUAUGAUCUUAGGGUUCGUCGUGAACGGCAUCAACAAUGUCAACACGACGUCUAUUGAACGCCGGUUCAACCUUCCCAGCGCCAAAGUCGGCCUCAUCUCCAGCGCCUACGACAUUGCCGCAGGGAUCCUGGGCGUGUUUGUCAGCUACUAUGGGUCGGGGAGGAACAAGGCUCGAUGGGUGGCGGGGGCGGGGGUCAUUAUGGCUAUGGGGUCACUAGUCAUGUCCCUACCCCACUUCACCACCGGGGCGUACGAGCUGGGGGAACUCGAUCAAAGCUUCUGUGAACACAAUGGGACCUCGAACACCACGACGUGCGCUCAGGACACGGAGACCCACCUAUCCAACUACCUCUAUGUGUUCAUCCUGGGUCAGAUGCUGCACGGUGUGGGGGGAACCACCGUAUACACAGUGGGCGUGGCGCUCUUAGACGACAGUCUCCCGUCCCAGUCUACUCCACUGUAUUUAGGUAUUCUGUACGGAUGCUCGGUACUGGGCCCUGGGCUCGGCUUCGUCAUCGGCGGGCAGUUCCUCAGCUACUACGUCGACUUCGACACAGUUAACACCUCAAGCCUGAACAUCACGACGGACGACCCCAGAUGGGUCGGUGCCUGGUGGUUCACGUUCCUCGUCUGCGCCAUCUUGAAUCUGGUCGUGUCCUUACCAUUGUUCGCAUAUGGAAAAGAAUUGCCUUCCGCCCGUUACGUGAGUGCCACCCGGAGAUCCCAGGCUCAUAUCUCGUCCAGCCACACUGCAGCCAGGGUCGGGGAGAAGGGGUCCCUCACUGACCUCCUCCGCGUGCUCUACACCCUCUUGAUGAAUCCAGUGUUUUGUUUCAUGACGCUGAGCAUGUUGAUGGAGGGACUCGUGAUAGCAGGGAGCGCCACUUUCCUGCCAAAGUUUAUAGAGAAUGAAUACAAAAUUUCUGCGUCACUCGCCGCCAUGUUGACAGGUAUAGCAGUAGUGCCUAGCGCCGCCGGUGGUCAGUUUGUAGGGGGCAUCAUAACCCGGCGGUUGAAGCUGGACAUCAGAGGGGCAAUGAAGGUCUGCAUGGUGGGAGUGUUCGGGGCCCUCGUGUCCAGCUCCGUCUUGUGGCUCAAAUGUGAUAAAGAAAUCAUAUCUGGCAUAGACAAAUCGUACCCGGGGUUCAACCACACGCCCUACACGGUAGAGCUGACUGUUGCCUGUAACGCCCACUGCCGGUGCAGCACUGACGUCUUCGAGCCGGUGUGCGACCCCACAGGGAACGUAUACUUCACGCCGUGUCACGCCGGGUGUGCACAUGAUCUGGGAAAUGGGAACUACAGUGGGUGUGGGUGCGUGGCGGGCCAGACGUUCCCCAACUCCAGUGUCCAGGUGACCAGCCAGGGCUGCAGGGAAUCGUGCUCUAUCCUCUAUGUCUUCCUCGCUCUCAUGUUCGUCCUCAUCUUCUUCGUCUUCAUCCCUGUGGCGCCCGGCGACUCAGUGCAGCUCAGGUGCGUACCAGAAGAACACAAGACGUUUGCCCAGGGCGUGAAACUACUGAUUGUGAGACUGCUAGGUACAGUUCCCGGUCCAAUAUUGUACGGCCGUUUGCUUGACGAGUCGUGCGUUGUGUGGCGAGAGAAAUGCGACAGUCGCCUCUCCUGCUGGGUGUACGACAGUAACACCAUGGCGAGGAACCUGUUCCUGUUGAUGAUAGGAACAUGUAUCUUUUCGGGAUAUUCCUCGUCUUGGCGCUGCGUUUGUACAGACCCCCAGACACACCCGAGGACUCGCCAAAAACAGAAGAAACUGUUGCCAAGGACGAUGUUGAAAGUGACGUGAGAGAGCCAAUCAUACCCAAGGGAGUUCAAUCAUAGUAAAGGGAAGCAACUCUUACUGACCUUUGUUAAGGGAGAUUGCUCGGAGUGAUGAUGAAAGGAGAUAACCGCUGUUGAUUUUUUUCAUAUCAUUGUUGGAUAUACGAAUGUAUCAUGCGUUUUCAUUACUGGAAUGUAUCAUGAUGUACAGAAUUUAUAUUGUUUUGCCUGGCUUGUUUACGAUGCUGCUCUGUUAUGAGAUACGUAUGCAGUUAUGUAUUGGAAUAUUAUUGUAUAUCCUUGAGUGUUGAAUGCCGUUGUAUAGUGUUUUGUUGAAAUGUUGUAUCAUCAAUGUGGGGAUGUAGAAGAAAGGUUAAAGCUGUUGCAGUGUUACGAGUAACCUCGGUUGUUGAAUGAUUGUCUUUUACUGAGCAAGUGGUUGUUUAAACAUCAACUGUUGACAGUUGAAAAGGUACAAGACCGCGGGUAUGGUGUGCUAGAAAAUGGAUGUGUGCUCACACGUGUUAUAUGGGACUGCUGAACAGCUGUUGGGAAGAAUAAUAGGGACGUGUGACACGUUGAAGCUGUGGAACAUGUUAUUACUAGUGGAAGUGUUACAACUUGAAUGAGGCUCUGGGGAUGGUAUAUGUUGAAAUAUUUCCUCUUAUCAUCAGGGGCGGUGGGGUAGCCUAAUGGUUAAACCGUUGGCUCGUCACGCCGACGUACCGGGUUCGAAUCCCCACAUAGGUACAAUGCGUGAAGCCCAUUUCUGGUGUCCCCCGCCGUGAUAUUGCUGGAAUAUUGCUAAAAGCGGCGUAAAACCAAACUCAGUCAGUCAGUCAUACCAUCAGCUGUAGGAAUUACCGGUCUUCUCUACUGUUGGGGGUGGGAUGUACAGUUUUACUGUUGAAGCAUCCCUACUCUCAGAUUUGGGAAUGGGAUUUAUAGCUCGGCAGUUGAAGCAUCCACACUCUCGGCUUUGGGAAUGGGAUUUAGAGAUCGACUGUUGAAGCAUUUUGUCUCAAUUCUCUGUUGUGGGGAUGAAAUAGAUAGCUCGACUGUUGAAGCAUUUCACCCUUAAUGCUGAUGUGGGAUGGUAUAGAUAGCUCGACUGUUGAAACAUUUCACACUUUAGAUGGUAUGGAUAGCUCGACCCUUGAAACUUUUUAUCCUAAUUCUCUGUUGUGGGAAUAGGCGAUCACUCGACCUUUGAAGCAUUUCGCCAUACUGUUGAAUUUGGGAAUAUAUAGGUCGACUGUUGAAGUAUUCUACCAAGCCUCUGUUGUGGGAGUGGAUGUUUACGUCAAAUGUCGAAGCUUCUCAACAUAACAUCUGCAGUUGGAAUGAGAUAUGCAGCCCCAACACACCGACAGUAUGAUGAUAAACACAUCUUUUAAAGUGACGUUUAAACAACGUGAGCUGUUAUACGUGGACAUCCAUUAGCUGCUUCAUUUCUAAGCAAUGAUGCAGAAUUAUCUUUUCUUUUAUAUAUGCAGUCUUCCAUCACGGUAUUUUGUAUCCAUCAUCAUGCAAUUAUUUGUGUGGUAUUUUUUCAGACUAAACAGUGUGACAAGUUGAGAUAUUUUAUAAGAAUCCCUCAUCUCCAAGAGGUUUGCUAAGCGUUUCUACUUUGUGAUACGAUAUUUUUAAACUCAGACAUAUAUUUCAUGAAUUUAAAUUUUUAUAAAGUUAUGGUUCCGUGUAAGGUCUUCCAAGCCUACCAUACGCAAUAUGAGUGACCUAAUAUUUUCUUCAGCAAAUGCUUCCAAUAUACCCUUGCAAUACACAAACCUCAACGUCGCUAUUUUUUAAUCCUCAAACAAUCCUAUUUUGGGGAAAAUAUGAUAUUGUGAGAGCGAUGCAAAAUGAAUGAGCUCAAAUAUACUUUUAAAUUCUUUUAGAAAUCAAAAAGCACUUGUCCUCACACUGAAUGAUGAUAAGCACAUUUUGCAAAAGCACAUUUGAAUUGGUUUUAUGUUUUGCCACUUGAUGUGUGCUUUAUCUCGUUUACUCGAUAAUAGGGAUGGUCGAAUAUGUGUCGAGUUAGCCAUAGUCUCAGACAACAUUGUCCAUGUUAGACUAUGUUGGCAAUAACACUUCCUGUAAAGAACUCGUGGUAAACAUCAAAUCGAGUUAAAAGAGUUCGAGUUAACGAAGUGUUAUUUGUCAAUAUCAGAAGCACUGUACAUUUAGGAAACACUGUACAACUAGUUUCCGACUCUGUUCUGUUUAGUGCAGCUGUUAUAGCGAGAUUCAUUUCGCGUUAUAACGGGUAGAGUUUGUUUGUUUUUUUAUUCGUAACGAGGCAAAGUUGGAAAGUGCACCACCAACAGGGGUGUUUUGGUGUCCUUUGUGUUCAUGACGUUAUUUAAUCUUAGUAAAGCUUAAUUUUUCACAUCAUCUACAAUGUAAUUUGGUCCGUAGAAUGUCCCCACGUGCACCUGCACGUAGAACGCUCUAAGACUGUUGUCCAUGAUCAGGGCUGGCUGGGAUGUGAUAGCGCCCCUAAAAUGGAUAACCUUUUCACGAGAAUGAGAAGCACUGCAUGAGUGAUUGGUUCGGAUGCGUGGAUGUCAUUACAUGUUGUCACUGCCCAUAUAAGGUCAUAUCUAUAAAUAUAUAUAUAUCUAUAUCUAUAUGUAUCGUUGUUUUUGGUAACGUAAUGUUACAUGUUGUAAAUGUGGUACCUGAGAUUGUUAAAGAAUGUGUUCAUCUGUACAUAUUGUUGAUAUUCUUCUAUAUCAGUUCUUGCCAUAUCAAUGCAGGUUUGUUAUGUUGGACUGGAACUCUUUUGGAACGUUGGUAAAGAUGUAUAUAAAACAUAUGAUAUUUCGAAGUGUCCUUGAACGUGUUGAUUUGAACGUAAUGGUUCUGUCGAUAGCAUAUGUCUUCGGUUCUUGACAGGCGAUAGCAGACACUUCGAGAUAUCAUAUGUCAAGAAUUCUAUACUUGUUAUAUUCAAUGAGGCAGACACUAUUCAAAUAACCAGAAACUACCUGUUUUAUGCGGGUCGAAUCUGUUUUAUAAUUGUUUUUAGAGUAUAUUUUGGAAAGAUUUUGACAAUUUAAGCUUUAUGCUUUAUUUGUGAUAGAUAGGGACUGAAACUUGGAUUUCUCGUUCACAGAUAACGUCCUGCUUGGUUAUUUUUUUAAGCACUUAUGUUUUGCUUUUAGUUAUUUACUUUGAUUAUUACUGUAAACCGACUCGUGUCAUUUACCUUUGACAAAUCCAGUGUGGCCAAAUGAAACCCUUUAUGUAAUUUGGUUUAGUAAAAAAACCCAGACAAUCCUACCAGGGUGCCGUUGUACAAAGCGAUCUCAGCGCUAAGGUGAUCGUAACUCCCAUACCUUAGCACAGACUUACGGCUGGCGUAAAGCGCUAAGGCUGCUAUGUACAAUGGCAGCCAGAUUGAUGGGCACAUAUAUAGUUGAAAAUGGAUUUACAGUUAAAACACUAACAUAACCUUAUCAUGUUUUGCAGCAUAAUGUGUAAUAAAUGGCAUGUUUUUGUAACUGUAUACUACACAGAUAAACGUCAAAUAGUGCUAUUUCAUCGCAUUCGUGUAUCCAGGGCCGUGCCGAAAUGGGACGUCACUUUCACAAAUUUGGCGCUAUUUUUUGCGGAAAGGGACGUUUUUAUUAUGGCAGAACAUUGUGGUUUUGUAGAAAUAUGAAUUGUUUGAGAUAUAUAUUUGUGUAUAGUUACAACGUGAUAUAAACAGUGGAUGUAAUGAUGUCGAUGUGGAUAGGAUGAUAUCACAGUGGAUAUAAUGAUAUCAAUGUGCCUUGUAUAUCAUAUUCUUCUAUGUUUAAUUGACGCAAUCAGAUUCUUCCCGUUGGACUUGUGAUAAGAUAAUAUUGCUAACUGUAUUAGAUUUUGUGGGUGAUGUAUCGUCGGGGGGAAGGGCGCAAUCACCAGGAUCAAGGGGAACUCCGUAUGUUAAGGUAUCCGCAUUAACAAGAACAUUGUGAAAUAAGUGUUACAGUUCACACCUGUUGUCCCGAAUAUAAAGGUGUCUGGAUUCGCAAGGUCCCAUUGUGUUGAUAGAUGACCGGCUGCACUUUAUUCUGUUGUUUCGCCUGGUUCGCAGGCAAACUAACUACCACUGAUCAACGAGUAUCAUGCUAUCAUAUAUCUUAGAGCUGUGACGAUAUAUCCUAGUAUCGAUAAUCGUAAUACUUUAUUUAACGAUAAAUAUAUCGAUACUUUUUUCCGUAUCGUGAUAUGAAUUGUUGACCUUAAAAUUGUUACUUUUCACUAGAAAUUGACGGUUAUGUAAAAAUUUGCACUGUUACUUGCUAUCAAAAUAUACUUUUUAAAAGAAAAUAACUAAAGAUGGCAUAUCGUGAUAUGAAUCGUAUCGUUGUAAGAUAUAGCUAUACGUAUGGUAUCGUGAAAUUUCUGUAUCGUCACACCUCUACAAUAUAUAUACGGUCUGCAAGUAUUCGUGGAUAUAUUUCAAUAGCGGCCAGUUCAGGUCGCGUGUUUCGAUGUAGGCCAUGGAAUUGUGAUUUCAUUUCAAUGGGGGAGGGAAAUUUUGUAAUAAGUAUUGUUGAAAAUGCCCUAACGUAAAACGUUUUGUGUUAAUGGUGAAAGUGAACAGAUCGUUUCAUUGUGUCAAUAAUUAGUAGUUGGAUUAUUUUACCCGUCAAUUAAUGCUUCCUUAACAUAGGAUUGACAUGAAUGCAAUGUGUGAGUACACCCCUUUGUUUAUUUUUAGACAUAUCAGACCUUUAGGACUAAUGUUAAUUGGUGUCGUUAUUUUAGGUGUCGGUCUAGAUCAGGGACCUUUAAAUAUACGAGGUGUUUAUUUAAUUUUUAACUCGGGGAUUUAACCGAAAAUGUGUAAAUAAUCAAAUUUCUGUUUCUGUUAAAGACAUAAGUGGGAAAAGAUGUGGUGUAAGCCUAUGUGUGUACAUAGUUAGGGUUUUUGUUAAAUAUAGUUUGGCCCCUACCAAGCAUGUCAGUGUGGAGUAUCCAUUUGGUGUUCAGGUAACUAUAGUUUCAAGUCAUAUUUAGCCUUUUUGGAAAAAAUACGAUUAUCCAAAGUGUUCCGUUAUUCCUAAUGAAUAAUUGGGCCUCUUGUCUGAAGUGUGGUUGAUGAAACCCCUUACGUGAAUUUCAGAAUUGAUCCAGCAUUGAGUUCAAAAGCAUACGUCAUCAAAAUUAUUUAUGGUCGCAUCUUUCAUAUUUUGAAAUGGUUUUAAGACCAAUCUGUGGGAACCAAAAUGUCCAUACGAUCAAAUGAUGAAUGUCACGUGAUUAUGCGCGAACUGUCAACUGCGGUGGAAGUAUAGCUGCUGCCACGUGCUGCUUUGGCGUUCUGUUGUCUGCGUACGUACGUCAAACCGUAUGAGGAGAACGUUGACAACUUAUCAUGUGCCUUUUGAUUUGAAGAGAAUUAUGAUCGCAGAUCAAUAAUGUAUUAAUCUUUCUGAUGUAUUUUAAAUGAUAGCAAUAAAUUUUAUUUAUUUUAA